AAUAAUCGUUAGACGCGUGCAAGGGCGGUACGAUGGGACUUCCGAAUGCGAGUCCGACUCAUCCGCGGCCGCCUCCGCUGAGGUCGGGUUGGGUUGUGUUGCACGGUGGCGCGUGCACAGCCCGUGUGGCAGACCAGCGAACUCGCCGACGCUGGGGGCGCUGCGACGCGUGGGGCUCCAGUCGUGCGGACGCGGCGCGGAGGGUCGAGCACGGUGGAGAGAGCGGGAUGAUAGUCCUCGGUGAUGCAGUCAUGAGAAUGGAAGACGACGGGCACAUGUAUGUAUAGAGUGCAUGUUCCGGAAGGGGGCAUGGUAAGUGAGAGUUGCCGGAUUGAGCGACGGUCCUGGAAGCAUUCAAAUCGAUCCGGUGCGGCCGAGGGAGGGGAGGCGCCGCAGUCCGCCGUGGGCCGUCGUGCACAGCGGGCAGAUAUCCAGCGCGCAUGAUGCUGCACGACGGGGACCAACGACGGGCACAGGCAACAAAAGAUAAUUGGGGUGGGAGGAGAGAGAAUAAAAGGGAGGAUGGCGACGGGCGAAGCGGGGAUUGGCCAGGGGCGUAGACGCCCGUUGGGCCGGUGGGCCACCGAGUGCGGUCAGGGCAUCUCGAGUUGAAGCAGACAGGCGACGGUGGACUCGCUCUGUGCAUGCUCGCUCUGUGCUUGCUCUGCACCAGCUCUGGCCUCGCUCGCCCUCUCUCGCCCUCGCUCGAGCGUGUCCGGCCAAUCGAGGACGCGGCCAUGACGCGUCCUGGCUGCUCUCUGCUGCUCCCUCUCCCUCGCUUAGCGGCCGUCCUGAGCGCGUCACGGCUCGCUCCUGGCCUCGGCGGCACUGGCAAGACGCGUCACAGGCUCGGACAAGCCUGCUGCAGCUCAGAUGAGCCCUCGGACCGCGUUUGUCACCGAUCACGACCCGUUCGCCCCGCCGCGUUCGGAGAUCGCCUCGCCUUCAGCUCAGCCGCACCCCGCACACAUUGCAGGACGCUCCCGAAAGAAAAGCUCUCCCCUCCGCGUCUGCGCAGAUGACAGAGAACAUGGCAAUCCUUCUCGGGACGCCACGCCACCCGCAAGCGGCCACGUCCCUGGCCCGAAUGUUGCAGUUCCACCUGCCUCAUCAUUCGGCAAGCACGUCCCACGCCCUCCCCGACGCGUCGCGAACGAACCCCCCGAGCGAUUCACGCCGUUCACCCGCGUACCGAGAAGCUGGCCCGCCAGCUGCACUCCGCCAGCCUCCGCACCUCCACAUCACCCGCCGCAUAGUCGGCUCUCGCCGCGCGCACGCGCUCGUGCAAGAAGCGAACGCAGUACCAGUGGCCCUGUGCGGUCUCUUGAGGUUAGCGGACGAAAAACAUGGGUGGAUUCACAUGCGGGACCAAGCCGGCGGGAGGGACGCCGCCAGAGGUUCCUCCCCCCGCUCUCGCGUACGGGGCUCGGGCGACGCGACCGCCGGCUAGCGGGGUCAUAUGCAAUGCCCCGCAACAGGAGAACCGCGCUCGAACGGGCGAGACAAACACAUGGUACAGCAGCCAGGCCCGUCCUUCUCUCCGCCCAGAGAACCGGUACGAGAUGCGCGCGCCUCGGGGAGCGGAAGAAGUCGCCCGGCUGCACGUCCGCGAGCCCUCAGGCCAUCUGUGCGAGCGAGCCUAUGCCCGACUCUGCGUCGCAACGCCCCCCCACUCUGAUGUCCGCCGUCGAACCUCCCGUCGCCUCAUGGUGCGCUCUCCGACGACAGGCGGCGGCACAGCACGCCUCGGCGAGGGGCAAUGGGGGAGGGGCGGAGCAGCCGAGCGUGGAUGCGCUUUGCGGAUUGCUGAUCCUGGGGUGCGUCUCCAGGUCCGCCGUCCGCCGUCCGCCGUCCGCCGUCUCUUUCGUCCGCUUUCGAGCUCGGCCUGGCGAGCUCAUCGGCGGGGCCAGCGCCGAGUCUGAGAAGGGCUGCUGCACAGGAUGCGUGUGGCAGGACACGACGUGAAGCUCGCGUACGCGCUGUGCCGGGCAGCUACAUCGCGGAUGGGUCAGGCGAGAUGUGGCGAUGGAGGCAGCCAUCGGAAAUACUUGCUGCGCGUGCGCCUUCGCGAGACGCAAGCUCGGGGAAGUGCAGGCUUCUUGGUGCGAGUGCUCCUCCGACUCGUGAACGGCCGUGCGGGCCCUCCCGCGAGGAUCUCCCGGCCCGCGGUGUCACCCGACGAUCAACAGGACCCCGCGCGAGCUCGGAACCGCCGCCGUCGACGCGGGGGAAGCAUCUGGCGAGGGGGGCAACUGCGAGCAACUCUGCGCCGCAGUCUACGACCAUUUCCGCUCAGAUCGCUGCCGGUUUCGCGGCGAUCUGCCAAGUUUCAACAAAAAACCGACCCAAGACGCGAUUUCAGUGCACUCACAAGCGCCACUCGCGUGCCAGCCUCCCCACGCUCGGCACUGCCGACCAAGCACUUUGGGCGAAUCAUCCGGUGCCUGGACCACCCUUCGGAACAGUUCCCGCGCCCCGGAAACGUGGUUCGAAAAAUCCGUCUCGGGGCGAGGGCUACGGGUGCGCCUACCACCACCCUACACUCAAGAUCGCGCGACGCUCGGCCGGUACGUAUGCAUCGCCUCUCUCUGUCGCAUCAUAGCGAUGCUGAAAACGAUGGUCAUGGCCGUUCACGUCACAGGACGUGCGACCACUCAUUAUCCGUCUUCCCGCCCGUCGCUUUGACCGAAAAUCUAACCCGAUGGCCGAGUCCGGACAGCGUUCCAAAACAGCCAUGAACGUGCGAGUGCCGUCACCGGGAACAUCCUCCGGGGCCUCGAUGUGAUCGUGUGCCACCGAACCUGGGGUUCCGUCGGCUGAAUGGACCCCGAGGGCGGCGUUUCACCAGAACUCUUUGGGCAAUGUCCGGGCCAUGCUCGCAGGCGGGGACGUGUUCCUUAUGACGAACAUUCAAUACACGCUGCCCCAAGUGAACGGCUCCGUUGGCUAUUCCGCCUCGGCCCUGGUCUUGGUCCCGUUCUCAGCAUCAAACUCGCAAGCAGUGAUCUCUCGUCAUCAAUGAAGAGCACGGAUAGCCCGACGAUCGAGCGCGUCAUCUCGUGAGCCGGAGGUGACGCAGUUCCACUCGAUGGUCUUCCGGCGCACGACGCAGCCACACUUUGGCGAGCUCGUCAAGCUCAAGCUCUCUCCCGGUGAUCAGGUCAACAUCUCAUCGCAGCCGUGAUGGGGCCUGAUCCGUGACCGGAUCGCGACUGCUGCAUCCAAGUGGGACGGGUGGAGGCCUGGGUGUGUCGAGCGCGUAGCCGUGUUGUGUGUAACCACCCAUUGUCCAAGAAAUCGUGAAUAUACAUGUGUUUCAAUCGAGACGUGCCUGUGACGUAC